UCUCUCUCAUCCUUUCCAUAUUUCUGGUAAAACAUUUAUGAACCUGCUCGACCUUUUGCAACCCAAAGUAUGUUUUCUAUUGCCUUGAAUAUGUGCACAAUUUUACCAAAAAUUGACAUUUGAACGAUGUAUGUUAAGGGCUUAACUGCAAUCCUUUUUGAAUAUAAUGCUGAGCAAUACAGGUCUAAGAAAACAUGUCAUUUCGUUAAAGAUUUAUUAAGUUCAUCCAGCUCAGAAACAGACUUAGCUCUCGGAUUAGUUGAUCAUGGAGAGCCAUGGGCUCAAGUUUCAAAUCACGGUCUUAAAUUCGUUGGGAAACAUCACAUAUUUUGGCAUUGUUAUCUUACUCUUCUAUCAAGUAUUCCUUUGUGUUGAAAAUUAUUUGAAAUACCCGAAGUACAUCUCGUCUACUGUUGUGGAUCAAAGAGACACUCUUUUCCCCGAAAUAACUAUAUGUCCCAAUGACACAACUCUACUUGUCAACGACUAUAUUUUGAUGUUUUACGAACGUUACAACGAAGCUCGAGCUGAUGGAAAAUCGUACCAACACUACAGAGAUGGAAGGCAACAGGAGGCCUUCCGUCCAACCAACCUACCCGGAUGGCCUGGCUGCGCAACUCUACCUAGAUGGGAGCGCUACAAAAAAUUGGGCAUUUACUACCUUCGGAUUCAAUACUUAAACGUCGAGGUCAAAUUGUACGCACAUUUCCCGGGACGGUUAGGAGUCAAUAACUCUCUACUGAUGCCCAAUGAGGUCCUUCCCGGACAAACAAGGCAAGCCCAAGUUAUGUAUCAGGACAUCCAUUUGCAACCCAUUCAAUUCUUCAAUGGCACUAAAUCGUGUUGGGAGGAAGAAGAUGAGACAAAGAUUGGAGCACCCUGCCGCUCAUUGGACCUUAUUUUGGGCAAGACCAAUGACGAAUUGGAUGAAGAUUCGUCCGCUAAAAUGAGCCAACAUUACUUGUAUUUCAUGCCCCACCUCUUGAAACACGAAGAAAAGUUUGCUUAUCCUUUCUUGAGGAUGGCAUCAGACGUUGGGGGCUACUCGGGAAUCCUGACCGGAAUGUCUUUGCUCCACGGACUUCGCGGGUGUCGAAUGUUGACCUUCAAAAUCUUGAAACAGUCGUAAAACUCUCAGGAUGACAUCAAGAAGAAGUGGUUGAUGUUAGUUCCUCUAUUUUCACCCUUUAACCUUUAGCUUCGAAGUUGUAGAAGAACAUGUAUGUGGUUUUGAAAGCUCUCCAAGUACCGUGCACACAUUAUCAUAAAAUAAAUGAGAAAAGUAGGAUUUGUUCGCUAUUAGUUUAUCAUAUUGAUUGAGAGGCUUCAUUUAUAUCAAAGAAUUAUAUGCGAAUCAAUUUAUUUUAGUAGAAGAGGCCAAUAUCAAAACUAACCAAAAAGA